AUGAUUAAAACUGAAAUAUAUGUGGACAAAAUAAAAUCGGAGACUGAAAUCAUGCAGCAAAGGAUGUCCGAGAAACUUGACGGAAUUCAAGAAGACUGGGGGAAAACGAAGAAUGAACUAAACGAUGCGAAAGCAGACAAUAGGAAAGUUGUGGAAGAAAUUAAAGACAAAGUUGAAAGUAUUUCAACAGUGCAAGCAGUAGCUUUUCUGGCACACAAUAUAAAGAACACUGCCCCAAGCAAUGGUGAGACACUUGUAUUUAGCAUGACACACUUCGAUGUCGGUUCCGGUUACAACAACGAAACUGGAAUCUACACAACACCUGUCGCCGGAAUCUACUUGUUUACCUUGCAGCUGUGUAUUUCAUCAAGCAGAUACGUUGCCUUUGAAAUUGACACAACAAAUGGUCCUAUUCUAAAAGGCUGCUUCAAUGACGAAGGAGGUAGCUACAACGGUUGCAAAACAGCCACAGCAGUUACAGAACUGGGUAUAAAGGAACAUGUGUGGAUAAAGAAUGAACAGUCCACUAGUGGAACUGAUUUUUGGAAGGGCUCAUAUACAUGGAAUAGCUUUUCUGGUGUUCUGAUUAGCGCUGUCAGAAAAUAG